AUGAAUGGGGGUGACUUGACAACAGUUCCAGAUAGUCUAGUUUCUCCAUCACCCAAGUUCCUGAAAAUUGCAGAUGAAAGAGAAGAAAUCUCGGGUUUUAGAGGACAUUUCAAUCGGAUUGCUUCUCAUAAAGUUGAUUGGGAAACUUUGAAGAAAUGCAGCAAAAUAUGGAUCAAGAACCCUCUGAAUAUGGCCCUUCUUUUAUGGAUUACCUGUGUUGCUAUCUCAGGAGCAAUUCUUUUUCUCGUAAUGACAGGAAUGUUAAACAAUGUCCUGACUAAGAAAUCCGAAAGAGAUGCUUGGUUCGAGGUCAGUAAUCAAAUCAUCAAUGCUCUUUUCACUCUCAUGAGUUUGUACCAACACCCAAAGCGUUUCCACCACCUUGUUCUUCUGUGUAGGUGGAAACCAAAGGAUGUAUCAAUGCUCAGAAAGAUUUACAGCAAAAAUGGUACUUAUAAGCCUCAUGAAAGGGCUCAUAUGCUGGUUGUUAUUGUACUACUUCAUGUGAAUUGCUUUGCUCAAUAUGCCUUAUGUGGUCUCAACUUAGGAUACAAAAAAUUUGAAAGGCCUAAUAUAGGUGUUGUUAUCUGCCUUGUUAUAGCAAUGGCAGCCCAAGCAAUUGCAGGUGUUUACUGUAUUGUAAGUCCUCUUGGAAAGGAGUAUAAUUUCGAAUUCGAUGAAGAAGCACAGGAUCAAAAACUCACCAAUGGUGUUCCUCAGUUGAAGAGCUCAAGUUUUAUCCCCUUAGAGAAUGAACCUGAAUGGAAAGGGGGGUUACUUGAUUUAACCAACGAUGGUGUUUCAAUGACAAAUCUCUAUCUGUUAUGCGGUUUUUGUGUGUUUGGAUAUAACAUGGAAAGACUUGGAUUUGGUAACAUGUAUGUUCAUAUUGCAACUUUUUUCCUCUUCUGCACAGCUCCAUUGUUGAUCUUCGGCUUGGCUGCCACUCACUUUGAUAAUGUCACAAUAAGGGAAGCUCUUGGUGUAACCGGUAUUGUGCUGUGCGUGUUUGGUUUACUCUAUGGCGGUUUCUGGAGAAUCCAAAUGAGGAAGAAAUUUAACUUACCGUCGAAUCGCUUGUGUUGUGGUAACCCUGCAGUUACAGAUUGUGCUCAGUGGCUUUGCUGUUGUUGGUGUUCUCUUGCUCAAGAAUUUCGAACAGCGAAUCAUUAUGACAUGGUGGACAAUAAGUUCCGCCAGCGUGCUGCUGUCUCGCCUUUACAAGAUGGCGAUGACAGAGCGAUUCAAUUAAGCAUUUCUAGCCCUUCCAUUCUUGUUGGGGAAGAAGGCUGUUUGCAGAGUCCAAUGGUUAAAGACAUAGUUAUUAUAAACAACCCUAUGAAGCCACCUGUAGUACCAUCAACAAUUCAAAGAGAAGAUAUUACCAUUUUGUAGUGAUAUUAUUGUAAUGAGCUUUAGAAUUUUGUACCUUAAAGUGUUUAAUAUUAUAUUGACAUGACACUGUAUAAUUGGUUAGCAGUUUCUUAUAUAAUUUAUUAAAUUAAAAUGUAUAAAAUUCAAUAUUAAAGUGAACUAAUAACAAUAUGUCAUCCUGUAUGGUGUUUA